AUGAAACCCCACAAACCAAGCUGUGCAGAUUCUGGCUCUGAGUCUGAUUCCAGAGAUCCAGAGAAGUUUGAGAGUUCAGUAAGGCGAAGGAUGGCGGCCAAUGCUCGUGAGAGGAAGAGGAUGCAGGGCUUGAACACGGCAUUCGAUCAUUUGCGUGAAGUUGUUCCUCAAUGGGGCCAGGACCAAAAACUCUCUAAGUACGAAACUCUGCAGAUGGCCCUGAGCUACAUCAUGGCCCUCAAUCAGAUCCUGACUGAUGCCAACAGACACACAGCUCCUCAAAAGGACUGGUUAAAUUUACAGAUUGAAGGCCUACAACCAGAGACCUAUUCUUGCUUUAUGCAGUAUAACUCGCCCAUGGAAAAUGACUGCAUGCAUUCGUCCUCCUUAUACCACUACGAAAGUACCUAA